UUGAAAUAUAUUCUGGAUAUAUAAAAAUUGAAGCUACUCACACAAGUGACACGCACACAGCGUUAAUUGAUAGAGGGCCAAUCUAACUUGUAUCUGAGAGUCUCAAAAUGGGGGAAGCCAAGGAAAGAGACGAACUGGGAGAGUCAAUUAACGAUCUAUUCACCAGUGUCUUCACCAUGAUCAAAGGCGAGCUUCAGGGAACGAAUAACCUACUUGACCUUCUAGAGAAGAUGAACCUGAAAGUGGCAGAAGAGUAUAAUGAUCUUGGGGAUGUGGCAUCUGGAUUAAGGGUUUUUGUUGAGCAACUGAAGUCAAAAAGUGGCAACUUUGACGAAUACGUCCAACAGAUUGAUGCAAUAGAGAGGCAAGUCACUGAAUUCGAAGCUGUAAUUUCAAUGCUUGAUAAACAUGUUUCGAUGUUGGAAUCAAAAGUGCAGUCUGUUUACCAGACUCCGCCUCCCUGAAAUUAAUUGUUAUUUGGUUUUCAUAUUAGUGUUCUGUUUUUUUUUACUCUGCAAUAGUCCUGGUGUGAGUUUUAUAAAUAAAUUGAAUUUUUAAGGUA